AUGACGUGGGACAUACCGAUCAAAGAAGGGAAAAAACUCAAAACACCUUUAUUAAAAAAACACACAAAAAAGGAGAGGAAAAAAGUGUUGAAUAUGACUAUCAAGAAACAACUAAGAUCCAUCAGUUUACCUUCAAGAUCACAUCCGAGCACGGCAGGGAUCGAGGAAGCUCUUAACAAGGUUAAAGCGAUUAACACCACGGCGGGUUCUUCAGAAUCAAUCUUGACGGCAUUGGCUGGUUUGGAGGAGCUCUAUAAUUGUACGGAGGAGUUUCUUAAAAUGGGUUCGACUCAGCGUGUUAUGUCGUCGGAUGGAUCAGAGUUUAUGGAGGAGAUGCUCGAUGGGUCUUUAAGGCUAAUGGAUAUAUGCAACAUCUCUAGAGACCUCAUGGUGGAGACUCACGAACAAGUUCGUGGUGUUCAGUCGUGUGUCAGACGCAAGAAAAUAGCCGGAGGAGGAGCUAAUCAACUCGAUGUCGCUGUCGCUGGCUAUGUCAGAUUUCGAAAGAACAUGAGAAAAGAAGCUAAGAGGCUUCUUGGAUCCUUAAAGAAAAUCGAUGUAGAGUCAUGUUCAUCGUCAGGGGUAAGUGAUGGCCAACAAGAUGAACAUCUCGCGGCGGUUAUAGAUGCGAUGAGACGAGUAGUUUCAGUUAGCGUGUCGGUGUUGAAGUCGUUCUUGGAGCUCUUGUCGGGACGACAGAGUAACAUUAAGAGCAAGUUGACUUCGGUACUAAAGAAAAAGAAGGUUCAUCAUGAGGAGACAAAGAACGAGUUGGAGAGUUUGGAUUCCGCGAUAUGCUGCUCUCGUGAUGACGUGCAAAAUAAGCUUGAAGAGGUCGAGAUGAGCAUUGAUGGAUUCGAGAAGUAUCUAGAAGGUUUAUUCCGAAGGUUGAUAAGAACACGAGCCUCGCUUCUCAACAUAAUCUCUCAUUAAAUUCUAAAUUAUGCAUGUAAAGUUGUAACCUUCG